GCCUGCGGGCAGCAGGAAGGCAAAGCAGCUUCUCUGCCUCUUCCAGUGCCAGCGCCGGUCGCCCCCGCGCUCCCCCCCAUGGGGCCCAUCGGCUCCCCCGGCCGCGGGACAACCCAACCACCGCGUCCAAACCCGCGCAGACCCAAAGCGAUUCCAAGUCAUUUGCUGCCAGCGUUCCGGGGAGGAAACACCAAAGCCCCCUGGUGUGCUCAGCCUGGCCCUGAAGAACCUUAUUUAAAGGCUUUUUCAUGAUUUUUUCCCCGUCAGCUCCGUGCUUCGCCCUGGCUGCCUGGCGCAAGCGUUAACCCUGCAGGUGCUUCUACGCCCCCAGAUGCGCCACUGCCCCCGGCCAGAGGACCCCAACGCCCUCACCAGCCUUGAUUUACACAGGAAGGCCGCAGAACAGCUAAAUUUAAAAAAAAAAAAAAAAGAUCAAAGGCCCAGGCAAUGCCAUUUCCUGGGGCCGGACACAGGCACGAGCGGCUUGGUCAUAAGACGGGAGGUUGCCCGAGAACGGCUUCGCUCUUGGGCCGCUCUCGCAGCCCCCUGAGCCGCUCAUGGCCGGGGAAAUUGUUUACGCUGAUUUAAGGCGCCCUGGGGGUGGUUUUUCCCCUGCCGAGAAGUGUCACGCUCCUGCCUUGUGCCCACCAUGGCAUGGGGUCCUCCUCAAAGCCAGCGGGCUGGGGCACCUUGUCCUGCUGGUGGUGGUGGUGGUGCUGAGCGUGCAGGUUUUUCAGGGCUUCCUGCACCCAGCGAUGCCAAGCGCUCCCCAUCAAGGCAGCGAGCUCCAGGGAAGGAACCACACGGAGCAAUCCAUGAUUUCAGCCCUGAUGCAGUAUUUGUGCAAGUCCCAGUGCGAGAGCCCUGCAGCCUGUCCUGGCUGCGAGCUCUGCCCCCAGGACUGGCAACUCCACGGGGACAGAUGCUACCGGCUGUCCAAGGAAAAGGGGAACUGGACCCAAGGCAAGAAAGACUGCAAAAAUCAGGAGGCUCAGCUGAUGACGUUCCAGGACACGGAAGGAAAGGAGUACAUCAAGAAGAACACAGGCGGAGGCAUGGAGCGGGUGUGGAUUGAACACACGUCAUCCGAAAAGAAGCAGAGCUUACACAGCCCGGGGGAGACGGGUGAAAUGUGCUGGACGCUGAAAGAUGAGGCGCUGGAGGACGAAACCUGUACUGGGGAAUACAACUGGGUUUGCCAGAAAACCCCGUUCAAGCUCUUCCUGCCAACAGCAGGAGAUGGAAAGAAAUGCGGUCCCUCUGUCUGACGCACGCCCCACCCGACGGGCCCAGCCCGCUGCCGGCGUUUGGGGUGGAGCCAGCCCUGCCUUGGCCGUUACGGCUCUGCGAGGGAUUUUAGGGUUUGCAAAUGCAUUUCCCACGCAGGUCAAG